AACAACAUGGAGUCCAGAGACGAGGAACAAGACGAUGACUCAGAGUCAGAGUUCAUCCACCUACAGUCACCUCUGGUAGAUGUGUUAACUAAUACUACUGAUACUACUACUUCUACUACUACUACUACUACUUCUACUACUACUGUGGCUGCUAGUAGUACGUUAAGUACCUCCAGGACUCCUGAUGAUCAGAAAGACGACGAGGAGACAGAAGAAGAAGAACCGUCUGCUGGAGACGAGGAGGGAGAGGAGGGAGGAGCUGUCGGGGUCGAGUUUGUUUCAGAGCAGAAAUCAUCAACUCUGACCAGAGACCAACCAGAUCCACCCAGCAGUCUGGCUUUGGCACGACCAACGAAGAAGAAAGUCCUGGUGGCUCCAGAUUUCAGUCUGUCUUUAGGUCGCAGUGAGUCGACGGUUUCAGACGACUUCUCCUUGUCCUUCGUCUCCCCCUCACCUGAGGACGACGAUGACACGGGGCUGGACUUCGACCUGGACGCCAUGGAAACGCCCUCCGACUGCGAAUCACUGCCCUUCCCCUUCUAUGACAUCGAAGAUGACAUGCGGCGUCUCGGCGUGGCGUCCGGGCGUCGCAGGGCGUUCGGCUCCAGUCACCGGUCCAGGUUCGAGUCCCAGACCGGUUCUGGCCCGGCGGCGGACCAAAGUGAGCUGGGAGCGUUGGAGCGGGAGGACAUGGUGGACGGGCAGGGCACCAGGUGGCGCUGCUUCUCCACAGGUGAACCGCCGCAGGAGAGCCUGGUCAACAUGAGCGUCCUGGAGCCGUUCCUCAGGGUUCUGUCUCACGGAGGUUACUAUGGAGACGGCAUGAAUGACAUCAUCGUGUUCUCCUCCUGUUACCUGCCGCAGAACAGUCUGGAGAACUACCAGUAUGUGAUGGACAACCUGUUCAGGUACGUGACGGGCACUCUGGACCUGAUGGUGUCAGAGAGCUACGUGAUGGUGUAUCUCUGUGCUGGAGGUCAGAAGGACAAACUGCCAGGAAUCGGCUGGCUGAGGGAGUGUUACACCACCGUCAACAGGAGGUUGAGGAAGAAUCUGAAGGGUUUCUACGUGGUUCAUCCCACCUGGUACAUCAAAGCCCUCAUCACCAUCAUCAAACCCUUCAUCAGCUCUAAGUUCAGCAGGAAGCUCCAGUUCGUCGACAGCCUCCAGCAUCUGUCUCACUUCAUCCCCACUGAGCAUGUGCAGAUCCCAGACUGCGUCUCACAGUACGACCAGAACCUGAGCAGGUGA